AGUUUCCAAUUGUCGUCGGAAGAGCCACCAAGUCGGUGCGCACUUGAGCAUGACCCACGUGUACUACCGCCACUGCAGCAACAACAAGCUCGACGACGCGGAGACGCACCCGACCGCAUGCACCAGCAGCACGCGCAGCGAGGCGAGUGCAUUGGACCACGACGCACUCGCCCAUUGGAAGGACGCGCCGACUAGCGACGACGCGCGCACGGGCGUCUUUAGCUACAAGGACGCGCUCUUGCAGGCCAAGUGGCCGCCGCUACCGGCCGACGAUGCGAGCACCGACAGCGCGGACGAGAAGGCGUCGACACUGUCUCGCAGCAGCAGCUGCGACACGAGCACGACGAUGAGCAACGGCUGCGGCAGCGACUCGGACACGCCGGUUGAGCACGAGCACGGCAAGAACCCGGCGAGCGUCUCGGCGCAUCGCAAGCUCAAGGACAAAUCAACCGCGACACCGACAACACCACCGCAAACGACGACACCGGCAACGACGACGACGACACCGACCACAACGACGACGACGACGACGCGGAGGCUCAAGGUCGCGGGCCCGCGGAUUCACACGAGCAUCAUCCGCGGCGCAAUCGCCCACGCCGCAUCGCAAGGCGUCUUGUCCAAGAGCACGAAGCGCGAGAUGCGGCAGUCGAUCUUGCGCGGCGAGACCAACUCGAUUUUGGAAAACCUCCGGCGCGAGUGCCAUCUGCAGCCGAUGGUGACGCCGUCGCCGUCGCCGCCGCCGACCGAGUACGAGCUCCGCAACUCGAACGGGCUCCUCAAGUGCCUCAACACGCUCGGGCCGGUCCAGGACAGCGAGAGCUUGACGAGCAAGCACGUCGUCCUUCUCGAGAUGGACCGCAUCAUUGACAAGUGGAUGGCCGGGCGACACGCCGCCCUGUACGUCGGCGGUAGCUGGUACCUCAAAGUCGACACGAAAGACUCGGACUUGGACAUCGUUGUCGUCGUACCCAACGCCGUGACGCUAUCGGCCUUUUGCACCGAGCUACCGCUCGUGCUCUCUGAGACGAGUGGCAUUCUCGACGUUGUCUGCAUGGAAGACGCGUAUGUGCCAACGAUCACGUUCAAGUUUCACAAGGUCAAAGUCGACCUCCUCUUUGCACGGUUCACGCAACCGAGCGUGCCAAAGCACUUGCCGAUCCACAGCGACCACAUCCUCGCCAACAUGGACGUCAAUUCGGUGCGGUCGCUGUCCGUGCCGCGGACAGCGUCGCUCAUCCUCGAGCUCGUGCCGCACCCGGGCACCUUUCGCACAUGCCUUCGCGCCGUGCGUCUCUGGGCCAAACGCCGAGGGCUCUACUCGAACAAGGUCGGCUUCCUCGGCGGCAUCUCGUGGACCGUCUUGGUCGCGUUCGUGUGCCAAAUGUUUCCAAACGCGGUCGCUGCGUCGGUCUACCACCACUUCUUCUCCGUGCUCGCGUCGUGGAAGUGGCCAACGCCGAUCAUGCUCGCCAAGCCGUACGACGCCGGGCUCGGGUUUCCGCAGUGGAGUCCGAACGCCAACGUCCAUGAGCGGGCCCAUGCGAUGCCGAUCAUCACACCGGGCUACCCCGCGAUGAACUCGGCGGCCAACGUGACCUUCUCGACGCUGCGAGUUCUCAAAGAAGAGUUCACACGCGCCAAGUUGAUUCUAGACGACAUGCAGCUCAAGGUGCUCACGAGUCCGUUGGCGUGGACGCAGCUCUUUGCGCCGUCGGACUUUGCCGUGCGCUACGAUCACUAUGUGCAGCUGCGGCUGCGGGGCGCGUCCGGCUUCGUCGCGUACAGCAGCUUUGUCGCAUCGCGGCUUCGGCGACUGGUCGACAUUUUGCAGCACACGGCGACGAUCUUGACAGUGCACCCGUUCCCGACGCUACUGCAGCCGUCGUCGUGUGAAGGCAGCUACUUUGUGGGCUUUGAAAUGCAGCACGACGCCAACAGCGGCGCCGCGUCGAGCCUCGUCGCGCCCGUCAUCAAGUACUUCUUAGCCACCGAGAUGCACAAGAUGCCGUUUGACGGCGCGGUUGACAUCGCGUACGUGCCGUGGUCGGAGCUGCCUGACGGGAUCUUUCCGCACGGCAAGGACUGGGCGGCGGGCGACCGCGCCAAGUACAUGCUCAGCCGCGCCCAUAAUUUGCACAUGGCCGGGCACUAAUCCAUCUGUUUUGAGUCGUAGCUAACGAAAUAUACUACACAUUGUCCAUCGGA